AUGACACUUAGCAGUAUCCCUUGCUAUUAUAGUGAUUUCCUCAUGGAAACGGGCGAAAACUUGCGGCUGGCCAUUUAUUCGUGCGGCUGGGAGAAGUACUGGGACAGACGAACGCGUUCGGUGCUACUGCUGGUAUUAGCGCGGGCCGCUCGUCCCGUUGCAGUCCGGACUAUGUUCAGAACUGUCUGUCUCGACGCACUCACAGACAUCUAUCAACAGUCUUACGCAAUAUUUAAUUUGCUAAAUGCUGUAUGGAAU